UUUGAACUGAAAACCACACAAGAUUUCUUUUUUUCUACUAAUGGUGAUGAAAAAAUCAACAGUUUUCUUCGUUCAGGUUCUAGGCUUGUCCACGGUGUUUGGUGGUUGUUCUUAUAAUGUUUUAACUGGGCGCUAUUGCUAUUACCUUGACUACUACGACGACCUGUACCCCAAUACUCUUGGUACUGGUGCAAUCGUUGGGAUUGUACUCGGAGCCCUCGCUGGAUUGGCAACACUUAUUGGACUUAUAGUCUGUUUAUAUGUGACGCUAUGCAGAAAACCCACACAAAUUCAGGGUGCAGUUAUGCACAUCCCCACCACAACUGCAGGGACAACCUUGGUACAAAAUGCCCAGCCAUUUAUGCAGCCUUACCAUCAACAAGGGCUACACCAAGCUAAUCCUGUUCAGAUGCAGGCAACUGGACAAGGCGUAGCAGCCUCUUUUGCUUCACCUCCCCAGUACAGUCCGCCACAACAAUCUGCUGAAAAUCAAGAUCCGCCUCCGAAAUAACAUUAUUCAUAACAAAUAACCAGUAAACAUUUUCUUUAAAACGCUGUUACAUUUGAAUAGCUAUUACUU